ACGCAAACAAAAUCUAAUAAAAAUAAGAUUUUAAAAGAUGUAAAAUUUUAGAGUCUUAGAAACGUUUUAACAAGAACAAUUCGGCAACUUGAUAGAGAGAUAUUUUUAAACAUUGAAUAUUUAUUUUUCUCACGUUUUGUGUGUAGAAAAAAUGGAUAUUACACCAAAUCAUCCUGAUGAACUUGAAUUAAAAAAUAUUAUAGACAAGUUGGCAAGCUUUGUUGCUCGAAAUGGACCAGAAUUUGAACAGAUGACAAAACAGAAACAAAAGGACAAUCCUAAAUUCUCUUUUCUUUUUGGUGGAGAACACUACAACUAUUACAAAUUUAAAGUAAACCAACAGCAGCAGACUUUAGCACAGCAGCAAGUAAUCGUCCAACAAGUGAUUACACAGCAUCAGACUCUUCCGCCAGCACCAUGGCAACCCAAUACAUCAAUGCCUCAGCCAAUGCCCCAGCAGACAUCGCAGCUAAGUCAACAAAUCCAGGCUUUACAGCAGCAAAUAGCUCAGCAGCAAAUAGUCAACGACCAGCAGAUCAAACAAAGUGAACAGAACUUAGCGGCUCAGUAUCAGAGUCUGAUGCAACAACAACAGGUACAGAUAGAUGAAGGUAUAGAGAAAGUUCAGGAGGAUGAACUCCAGGAACUAUCAGACAAAUGUGAGAUUCCUCUAGAAGAUGUAGGUGGAGCUGUCCAGCCAAUCAUAGACUCUUGUACUAAAGAUGCUAUUCAGAAUGGUAAAGUAUGGAUAUUCCAAAGAUGUAUUACUGAUGAUCAUUGUCAAUUGAUGUCCAGAUAUCUUCUUAAUAGAAUUGCAGCUGGAAAUGCCACAUUUGAGUUAAGACUUCAUCUGAUCUAUUUAGUUAAUGAUUUGUUACAUCACUGCCAAAGAAAGAAUGCAGAAGAACUGAAAGAAAAUUUGGAGAAAGUUGUAAUACCAUUAUUUUGUAAAUCUUUCAUUGGUCUAGAGGAAAGCAGGAAAAAUAAACUGAAUAAGCUUUUGAAUCUCUGGGAAACCAACCACUAUUUUAAAGACACCACGAUCAAGGAAUUGAAAGAUCCAAGUUCAGCAAUAACAAAUUAUCAGGCAGAGUUAGUCAAUCAGUACACAUCAGUUGUUGGCUCCAUCACAAACAGUAUCAAUUUACAGUAUGGCAACCUACGGAAACAACAUAAUGAAUAUGCCAGCCAUUUAACCAGACAACUACAAGAUCAACAACAGCAAUUACAACAGUUAAUUCAACAACAGAAAGUUGUUGAUGUUUCCACAUCUCUCCCUCCACCAGGUAUUGUUAUACCAACAUCAGUCUCUACUUCAGUUAUAUCUGUAGUGCCAUCAUCAGUUAUCCAAAUACCAACAUCAUUUCCUCUCAGUUCUUCGCAUGUACAGACAUCUGUCAUUGAAUCAACACCUAUAGUAGUGUCAGCACAACCACCUUUAGUCCAGACUGAUAUUGGAACAGUCUCCAUUGAGUCAGUCACAUUUCAGACUGCACCUCCCAUUCAAACAAGUCAACCCCAGGGACCACCAUUAGAAUUUGUUCCACCUCGAUAUAGUGGAUACCAUGAUGGACCGCCUCCUGGACCUUUUCAAGAUGGACCACCUCCUGGGCCUUUUCAAGAUGGACCACCUCCUGGACCAUUUCAAGAUGGCCCUCCACCUGGACCUUUUCAAGAUGGCCCACCACGACCACCUCAUAGAGGAUUCGGCCCACCACAUCCACCACCUGGAGCCCAUCCAGGAUGGACCAGAGGACCACCCCCACAACAGUUUGAAUAUGGUCAUGGACAGAUACCUGCUCCUACUUUUCAUCCAGAGUUUGGAGUUCCAACGUCUGCUCCUGGACCAUUUCCUCUGCCAGACUUCACCAAACCUCCUCCUGGGUUUGGACCACCUCCAGGACACAUACCAGACAUUGAUCUUACUCCAUCAGUGCCAUACUAUGAAUUACCAGCAGGGUUGAUGGCCCCCUUGGUAAAGCUGCAUGAAAAUGAGUAUAAAUCCUUAGAUCCACGAGAUAUACGACUUCCUCCACCUAUGCCUCCGAGUGAGAGGUUACUGGCAGCUGUGGAGGCUUUUUAUAGCAUGCCUACGCAUGAGCGACCUAGGGACAGUGAAGGAUGGGAAAAACUUGGUCUGUAUGAGUUUUUUAAGGCAAAACAAAGAGCAAAGAAAAUCAGAGAUCAAGAGAAAGAAAUGGAAAGAGAAGAAAGAAUUCGAAGAGGAAGAUCAAGAUCAAGGUCCCCAUCAAGGUCAAGAUCCAGAUCACCAUCAAGGUCAAGAUCAAGAUCACCCUCCAGGUCACCAUCAAGGUCAAGGUCAAUUUCAAGAUCUCCUGUGCAAAGGCGUAGGUCAAGGUCUUUUUCUCCAACACCACCAAGAGGGAGAAGGAGAAGAAGCAGAUCUAGGUCACAAUCACCAUUGCCAUACCAGAGGUCAAGCAAGUCACCAUCACCAACACCAGCAGGACGUAAGAAGAUAUCCAGAAGUCCUACGCCACCAAUGGGAACAUUUUCUAGUACUGCUGGAGACUUUAUGGCCGUAGGAGGUCCUCCACCAAUACUAGGAGACUCAAAACUAGGACAAGAAAACAAAGGACAUCAGCUUCUAAUGAAAAUGGGUUGGGGCGGUAAAGGAUUAGGAGCAGAAGAACAAGGUAUCGUAGACCCUAUAAGUGCUGCUGAUGCCAGGGAUAAAACUGAUAUGUUUAAAGGCAUAGGGAUGGACUUAAAAGAUCCAUUUGAACAGUUCAGGAAAAGUAAAAGUCAUGGAUUUAUAGCUAGGAUGAAGGCUAGGGAUGAAAUGAGAGAAGCAGUUCGACAAAAGAAUCAGAAGGAUGAGAAGACAUAAGACAUUUGACAGAAUUAUAUCAUCCAGUUGUACAUAUGCCAUUGUGAUUAUCAUUAAAUUAUGAAAUGUCA